AUGUCAAAACAAUGUAUCAAAGUUCAGGGUGUGGCUGGUACUAUACAAUCCCAAUCCCUGACUCAACCAAUACAAUGUCAGAUCGGGAAAGUGGUGACUCAACAUCAAUUCAUUUAUAUGCCCGACUGUCCCAUUCCACUGUUAGGCAGAGAUUUGCUCCAGAAAUUGCAGGCACAAAUUACGUUCUUAGCAGACUCCAAUUAUUUUACUUUGACUCACCUGAAUACUGAAACCUGGCGCUUGUUACAUGUGUCAGAGCCCAAUUCGUCUAAUUCUUGGAAAGCAUUUAAUGUGUCUUCUCUCUGGGCUGAAGAUAAUCCACCUGGCUUUGCAAAAUAUGCCACUCCAAUUCAAGUCGAUCUAUGCCCCGGAGCAUAUCCUGUCAAUAUCCCGCAGCGUCAAUAUUCCUUAGAAGCAGUACGGGGUAUACAUGAAUUUAUUAGGUUAUAUUUAAAGGAAGGCAUUUUGCGAAGGUGCCGCUCUCAUUGGAACACCGCUAUUUUACCUGUCAGAAAGCCUAAUGGAAAUUGGAGACCUGUACAGGAUCUGAGACCCCUCAACCGGCAGGUUCUAACUGUCCAUGCAAUCGUGUCCAAUCCCUAUACUCUUUUUAGUAAUAUCCCGGCUACUUCCCAGUGGUUUUCAGUUAUUGAUCUUAAAGAUGCUUUCUUUACUAUUCCUUUAGCUGAAAAGAGUCAAUUUCUUUUUGCUUUUGAGUGGACUGAUCCCGAUAGAUAUACUAAAACUCAAUAUACAUGGACUCGUUUACCCCAAGGUUUUAAAAACUCUCCUACACACUUUUCUCAAGCUCUAGCUAAUGAUUUGCACCACCUGAUUCUUCCAGUGCCUGAUGGCAUCUUUUUACAGUAUAUAGAUGAUAUUCUGAUCACAGGUGACACAAAAGAUUCCUGUUGGCAAAAUACCAAUGCCCUCUUACAUAGACUACAGGAUUGUGGCUAUCGAGCCUCUCGUGAGAAAGCCCAAUUAGUGCAGAAUAAGGUUAAUUACCUGGGGUUUAUUUUAACUCAUGGGAAAAGACUUUUAGGAACGGCUCGUAUUCAAGCCAUACAACAGAUCCCCAUCCCAAUAAACAAGCAUGAACUUCAAGGAUUCUUAGGGUCUUCUGGAUAUUGCCGAAUGUGGAUUCCUAAUUUUGCAAUGAUUGCGACUCCUCUUUACGAAGCGACCAAGGGAAAGGAUACUGACUCCUUCAAUUGGACUACGGAAUGUAAAAAUCCUUUUGAGACCUUGAAAUCAUUGCUCUCUACUUCCCCCGCUUUGGGUUUGCCAGAUUUGACCAAGCCUUUUCAUUUAUAUGUUGAGGUCAGACGUAAUGUUGCAUUAGGAGUCUUUACUCAACGUAAGGGAAAGUGGCAACGCCCUGUAGCAUAUCUGUCUAAACAACUUGAUCCGGCUUCUAAGGGAUGGCCACACUGUCUCAAAAUAAUUGCUGCCAUUGUUCUCUUGCUAGUCGAAGCUCAGAAACUAACCUUUGCUUCUAAAAUUCAAGUUUACACUUCUCAUGCUAUUUCUGCGAUUUUGGAAAACAAGGGACACUUGUGGCUUAGCAAUCAAAGACUGCAUAAAUACCAAGCGUUACUUCUGGAUUCUCCGGAUCUUACAUUCCAUCAAUGUGCUACUUUAAACCCUGCUACCCUUUUACCUUCACCAGACACUUCUCUGCCUUUACAUGAUUGCUUAAUGACUAUUGAUGCAUCUUAUUCAUGCAGACCUGACCUUUCAGAUCAACCACUGUCAAAAUCUGAUUACACCUGGUUUACAGAUGGUUCUAGUUUCAUGGAAGGUGGCAUCCAUUACACUGGAUUUGCAGUAGUCUCUUUGAAAGACACUAUUUGUUCUGGGGCCCUCCCUUCUUCCUGGAGUGCACAGGCUGCAGAAUUGUGGACAUUGAUUAAAGCUAUGAUUAAAGCCAAAGGAAAAUCCGUGAAUCUUUAUACUGAUAGCAAAUAUGCUUUCCUCACUGUACAAGCUCAUGCUGCCAUUUAUCGGGAGCGAGGAUUUGUUGAUUCCUUGGGAAAACCCAUACAGCAUUUGAUAUUAGUUAAGGCCCUCUUAAAGGCAGCUCAACUCCCCUCUAAGCUGGCACUCAUUCAUUGUCCCGGUCAUAAAAGAGAUUUGUCCGAUAUCUCAAAGGGAAAUCGUAAGGCAGACGCAGCUGCCCGAUUUGCUGCCAGACAGGGUGAGCCAUAUUCUAACGAACUCUUUGGAAAACUCUAUUUCCUGGAUGACUUCAUCCAACAACAUACGCCCUCCUACACCAAGACAGAAACAGAACAAUUCCAAACAGACUUAGAUGCGACUUUCCGAAAUGGAUGGUAUUAUUUGCCUAAUCAGCAACCUGUUAUCCUAGCAUCUUUAGCCAAACCUUUAGUCAUGCAAGCACACUCUUCUCACCAUUGUGGAAAAAGUUCUUUAGCACAGUUACUUAAUUGCGCCUUCUACAUUCCCCUCUUACCCACACUUGUUGCUUCUGUAACUGCGACCUGUGCUACUUGUGCCCAGGUCAAUCCUAGACAAGGCAAGAAACCCCCUCCCGGGGUCCAGCCGGUUACCUUUAUCCCCAUGGACUAUCUGAUUCUGGAUUUUAUCGAUAUGCCUAAAUGCCAAGGAUACUCUGCUUUGUUAAUGAUUAUUGACUCCUAUACUGGCUGGCUUGAAUCAUAUCCCUGCCUCAAUAAAACUGCUCUAACUGUAGCCAAAUGCCUUCUAAAAGAUAUCAUUCGUCGCUUUGGUUGUCCUUCACAGCUUUCUUCUGAUAAUAGACCCGAAUUUGUUCACAAAAUAAAUCAACAACUAGCGGACACUAUAGGCACUAGAUGGCGCUAUCACUGUUCAUUUCACUCCCAAAGUUCUUGA